GCAAAACAUAACACAUUGCCCAUGUCACUUGCUUCACCUCAAACCCUUCACCAUAUAUUCCUUCCUGUCUGUCUCUUCUAAACUAAGAAAAUCACACCAAAAACAAAACCCAAAAUCCCCUCCUCCUCCUCCUCCUUAUCCACCACAUUACCAAAAACCACUCAAACUAAGCACAGAAGAAGAUAAAACAAAUCACUCAUGGCAGGUUCUGUGCGUGUGAAAGAGGCUGUCGUCGUCGCGCCCUCCGAGCCCACCCCAACUUGCGUCCUCAACCUCUCAUCCAUUGACUCGCAACUCUUCCUUCGAUUCACCAUUGAGUACCUCUUGGUCUACGCCCCUCGACCGGUCCUCAAUCAGGAAGCCACCACGACCCGUGUAAAGUCCGCACUGGCCAAGGCCCUUGUCCCGUACUAUCCGCUGGCCGGUCGGGUUCGGCCCAAAGCCGACGGCUCAAGCCUCGAGGUUGUCUGUCGAGCACAGGGCGCCGUGUUCAUCGAGGCCGUGUCCGACCGCGCCACGCUCUCCGACUUCGAGCGGGCCCCGCGAUACGUGGCGCAAUGGAGGAAGCUACUGUCGCUCCAAGUGGCCGACGUUCUCAAGGGUGCUCCGCCGCUCGUCGUCCAGCUGACGUGGCUCAAGGACGGAGCCGCGGCGCUCGGCGUGGGAUUCAACCACUGCCUCUGUGACGGGAUCGGCAGCGCCGAGUUCCUCAACUCGUUCGCCGAGUUGGCAGCUGGCAAACCCGGGUUCGCGAACGAGUUCAAACCCAAUCCUGUAUGGGAUCGCCACCUGCUGGACCCACAACCCGUAAAUCAUGUAAUGCCACGUCAUCGAAUUCCUAACGCGGCGAGUCACCCAGAGUUCAACAAGGUCCCCGACCGUUGCGGGUUCAUGAACCGGUUCUCCAACGAACGACUCAUCCCAACCUCCAUAACAUUCGAAAACAUAUACCUAAGCGAGCUGAAGAAACUCGCUCUGUCGACGAGUCGACUCAGCACCGAGUCGGCCUAUACUUCGUUCGAGGUUCUCUCAGCCCACGUAUGGAGGAGCUGGGCCAGAGCACUGAACCUAGCUUCAAACCAAAUCUUGAAGCUCCUCUUCAGCGUCAACGUACGGAACCGAGUGAAGCCGAGUCUACCCGGCGGGUACUAUGGCAAUGCGUUCGUGCUGGGGUGCGCGCAGAGCAGCGUGAAGGAUCUGGAGGAGAAGGGGCUGGGGCACGCGGCGGGGCUGGUGAAGCGUGCGAAGGAGAGGGUGGGGGAGGAGCACGUGCGGAGGGUGGUGGAGUCGGUGAGCAAGUCGAAGGCGAGUCCUGACACGGUGGGGGUGCUGAUCGUGUCGCAGUGGUCAAGGCUGGGAUUGGAAAGGGUUGACUUUGGGAUGGGAAGGCCAGUGCAUGUGGGGCCCAUACUGAGCGACAGGUACUGCCUGUUUUUGCCAGUGGGUAGUAAAAAUAAUAAGGGAGGUGGUGAUGAUGAUGAUGAUGAUGAUGGUGAUGAUCAGGGGGAAUCUGUGAAGGUGAUGGUGGCUGUCCCCACAAGUGCAGUUGACAAGUACGAGAUAUUGGUCAAGAGUCCAUACUCGUGAGGACCACUCGAACACGAUUCUCUCUCUCUCUCUCUCUCUCUCUCUCUCUCUCUCUCUCUCUCUUUCUUUGCUUAGCUCACCCGCGCUGACUUUGUAUAGUUCUUUUACUGAUUUAUAAUAUAAACGGGUUCCCUUGUGUUCCAUUUUUUCAUCCA